AUGGAGCUCCCAAUUUCCAGAAGUUCUGACACUUUUUUGCAACUAGCGUCAGACCGGCUCACCCUCAGUAGUGAUGGCGCAAGCGGGCGCCACAAGAUCGGCGGCCAAUUCCACGAAGACCGGAUGAAGGAGCUGCAGAAAGUCAAGCAUGCUCUUAUAGAAAUGGCUCGCCAAGAGGGCACUGACAGAGCUGUCCCAGCGGGAAAGAGUAUGGACUUCUACAUGUCUACGGUUGUUGAGAUGAUUAAUACUACCAUGCGAUCGUCACUCGGUGAGCAGCAUGAAGCUGACAAGGCCGUCAUGGCACUCGGCAUUAAACAGUUCGACACCUGCCUCUCGACACUGUCGUCAGGCCUUUCCUGGCCUAACGCAAUUCUCGUUGGUGGCAGCUUUGCUGGAGAAGCCUACAGUGGUCUUGACAUUGACAAGAAGGCUCACAAUGACUGCCGCCAGACGCAGAACGACAAGAAGCUGCUGUACGACACGUGCGUCGACGACGAGAGGAUGAGGUGGGAGGCUGUCAAGGCUGCCUGCGACGACAACUUCACAAAGUUCUACAGCUCCGUGUCUUCCAAGUCGACAGGUGCAUGGCAGAAGCAGUGUGACAGUCAGCUCGAGAUUUUCGCCAAUACAGCUCCGGACGCCGAUCCGUCUGGUUUGGUGGACCUCGGAGACCAGGACACGGAGGGCUACCUCCUUGCCCAAUUCAAUUUCUGGGACAAGAAGCUUGAGGCCUACUUGACUGCGGAGGCCCUUUGCAAGAAGGCCACGGCAAAGGCCGAGGCCGAGAAAGCCGAUUGCAGCUCGAAGCUCGAGGAUUUCUUCAACAUCUCCAAGCAGUGCGAUGCUCUGCAGGACAGCCUGGAUGGUUUGGCAUGUCAGCAGGCCUUGGCCAGACAUACCAAGUGCUCUGACUACGACACGUGCUUCGCAGCCGCAGAAUCGUCCUGGAAAACGAUGAAGCAGAGUAUGUGCGGCAGCUCUGGGAAGGAAGGGGUCCUGCAAGAGGAGCAGAUCAUGAUCGAGCAGAUUGAAUGCAUCCUGUCCUCCGUUACAAAGCCGGAUAGCACUACAGAAGUCGCAAAGUGUCUCAACAAUCCUCCAAAGCGCAGCCACACGCUACUCUUUCCACAGUGUUCUGAGGCCGUGCCGGCCAAGAACGACAUCCAAAACUGUGGCAACCACUUGAAGCCUGCCGACGAUGCGGACAUGCCUGGUACCAAGCCUUAUGUAGAGAAGUACUACACAGGCCCUGAGUCGAGCCCGACCGGCUACCCGCUGCCAGCGGUGAGCGAGCACGAAGACUCAAACCACGCCCCUCCGGUGGAUGUGAAGGCCUGCGUGGCAACUUGCUGUACAAAGCCGCCGGCAGCUGCCAACAACGCCCGUGGUUUGGACAAGCGCCCCCAGGACUGCGGCUCUUGUGGUGGGUUGCCCUGCAAGUACUGUGAUUCAGAGGGCUGCUGUUCAACCCAAUCAGACGGUGGACAAUGCAAGAAAAAGAAUCCGUACGCGGCCGUUACGUGCAAGGAUGAACGCCAGGAUGCAAGCGAAGCCAACGCAACGAACGUCACGAUGCAGGUCCGUGUGGCGGCCAUUGAGGCUGCGCUCAUGGCCAAGCAGCGGGGCGAGAUCCCCCGAGACCAGGCUGCUGCUGCCGGCCGGGCUGCAGCGCAGAUGGCCCGGUCGCUGGGCCUGAAGGUGGAGGAGCAGGCCGCCUUGGCGGCCUCCGAGGCUGCACUUGUGGCUGUGAAGGCAGCGCAGACCCCACAACAGCAGAUGGAAGCAGCAGCCAAUGCGGCCUAUGCUGCUGUGGAGGAGGCGGCCAGCAGUUUCUUUGGCCCCACAGCUGAUGCCGAAAGUAGUGGCCACAGUAAGGCCACUGCCAAGAUGGCCGAGGAGGCCGCCUUGACGGCAGCCGUGCAGUCGGCCCUGGCGGCAGGUAUGAGCAAGACCGAAGCCGAAACUGCCUCGGCGGAGGCAGUGACCCAGGAUGCUGGCAACUACGCGGCCUCCAAAGCAGCCGCCGCCGCACGUGCUGCCAACAAGCCGAUCAAGGUGCAAGUCCAGGCUGCUGUCGAGGCCGCGGUCAAGGCCACCAUUCAGAGCAGUGAGGCCGAGGCGGCCGAGGCUGAGGGCAAAGGCGAGGGCAGUUCUUCCACAGCGUCUGUGGAAGAGCAAGCAGUCUCUGCCGGCCUGGCAGCCUCCGAUGCCUCCCGCGCAGCGGGCCAGUCAGUCCGAGAUGAGGUGCUUUGGGCAGCAAGGCAUACGGUGGACCUCGGAAAGAACAAGGGCCUUAACGAGCCCAAAGCCCUGGCACUGGUCAGGCAUGUGAUCCUUAAGGUUGCCAAGGCCCACGGAAUGUCUGAGGAGCAGGCCGCAGCCAUGGCAGACAUGGCCAUCGACCAGGUGGCGGAGAAGGUUUGCAUCACACCAAAGCUCGAAGGGUACGAUGUGACCGAGGAGUCCCUGAACCAGACCGAAGCCUUCAGUGUCAAGGUCGCCUGCGCGCCCGGCUUCUAUGGCACGCCAAAGGCCAAUGUCUGCACUAUCUCAGGUGCUCCGUACCAGGUCUUGGGCUGUUUCCCGAUCGUUUGUUCCACUCCCACUAGCAUGGAUGGUUAUCAGGUGACAGAGCUGUCCAGGGCCAUCUACCAGUGGAACGUGUCUGCAGCUUGCGAUGAGUACUUUUCGGGCACCCCAAAGGUGACGCCGUGUUCGGUUCAUAACACGCCUUAUGGGCUCACGGGCUGCGUGGAGAAGCACUGUGCAACCUCCAAGAAGAUCAAAGGUCAUGGCUACGAUGUGACAGAGGUUUCCACAAGUAUGCGCAACUUCGAGAUCUCUGUGAAGUGCCACGAGUCCUUCAAGGGUGACCCAACCGCGCAUGUUUGCAAGAAAAUGAACGAGCCUUAUGAUCUUCAUGGCUGCACGCAUCGUGAGUAUUGUGUCAGCCCCAGUUCGAAGAAGCGCAUCGGCUAUGAUGUGACUGAGAUCGACCUUGAGAUUCCGGGGCUGGCCGUGAAGGCAAGCUGUUCUGAGAACUACGUUGGAGCAGCACUCGUGGAAGAGUGUGAUGAUGACGACGGGGAGUACGUCUUGUCUGGCUGUGAGCCCAUGACAUGUGCAUCCCAGACAGCAUCCCCGCCGGUGGGCUACAAGAUUACUGCGGAGAAUCUGGAGGUGCCAGACUUUGCAAUCAAUGUGGAGUGUGCCCCUGGCUACAUGGGAACUCCAGACGCGAUGGCCUGUAACACCCAAGGUGGAUCUUAUAGACUCUCUGGGUGCGAGCCGAAGAAAUGCGUUGCGCCAAAGAACCAGGAAGGCUACUCGAUUGCGAAGGAGGCUUCGCUGGACAUGCCUACGCUGGAUGUGCUCGUGGCUUGUGAGGACAAGUACAUGGGCAAAGCAGCGGCACAUGCCUGCUCGGAUCACCUCGCCGAGUAUUCCCUCUCUGGUUGCUCCCCGCAAACAUGCCUCGAACCACUUGACGUGGUAGGCUACGUGACGCAGGUCGAGUCGCUGCAGCGCCCAAGCUUUGCAGUGACCGCCAAGUGUGCCCGGCUCUACGAGGGCUCGCCGGAAGUCACUGCCUGUGCGCAGCACGACCGGGUCUUCACUCUUGCUGGGUGCAGACCCUCCGUGUGUGCCCGUCCCGCGCAGCUCCGAGGCUACACGAUCACGGCGGAGAAGUCUCUGGAGAUGCGCAGCUUCAACGUGGAGGUCAACUGUGCUGUUAACUACACAGGCACUGCAAGCGUGACGGACUGCUCCAAAGCCGACGAGCCCUAUACCUUACAUGGUUGCUUUCCCCAGGUCUGCACCAAACCUAGGAAAGGCGCCACAGAAGGCUACGUGGUUACAGAGACAUCCUUGGAGCGGCCUAGCUUUCAGGUUUCCGCGGCCUGUGCUGUGGACUACAUGGGGAGUCCAAGUGUCUCAGUGUGCGGCGGCCAUGACUUGCCCUUUUCGGUGUCGGGCUGCCAGCCCCAAACUUGUACGGAGCCGACAGAUGCGGAGAAGGAAGGCUACACUUUCACCGUAGCCUCCUUGACCAGGCCCCACUUCAGUGUGGAAGUGGACUGCGCGCCCGGCUACACUGGCACGCCCAGUGUCACGCGCUGCAGCGCGCAUGGGAAGCCCUACACCUUCGGCGGUUGCCAUGAGAUUGAAUGUAGCCCUGCCCAAACAUCAAAGGGGUUCUCGAUCGUCCACGAAUCCUCCCGCAGGCUCACAAGCUGGAAUGUCAGUGCCAAGUGUUCGCCGGGGUGGUACGGAGAGGUUGUUGUGGAGCCGUGCUCGGAGCAUAGGAAGCCUUUCACGCUCUCUGGGUGCGCGCCUAUGGUGUGCAACUCCUUGAAAGGCAGUCCUCCAGAAGGCUACGUGGUGACAGAUGAGACGUCGCUCACAGUGCACAGCUUCGGCGUGAAGGCCACCUGUGCAGCAGGCUACCACGGAACGGUCCAGGCAACACCCUGCUCGUCCCACGAGACAUCCUACACCCUCACAGGCUGCCACCCCAUUGUCUGCGCUUCCAUGGCACUGGCACCACCCACCGGCUACACCAUCAAGGUGGAAACUUCGCUGGAGCAGCUCACUUUCGGUGUCAAGGCCGAAUGCGCAGCCGGUUAUUUUGGCACUCCAGUGGCCAAGGCCUGCAAAAGCGAGGGCCUGGCCUACACCCUGGAGGGUUGCAGCAUGAAAGUUUGCAAGUCCCGUGUGGGCAACGUCCCACGGGAUAUCGUCUUGAAAUCCGAGGGCUCCCUUGAUGUGCCAAGCUUCAGUGUUGAUGCGCACUGCCAUCCAGGAUACAUGAAUGAGUCUACAGUUCCCAAGGGCAAGAUCAGUGUGCGUCCCUGCACCAAAAACGGCGAGCCCUACAAGCUGGAGGGUUGCGAGCAUGAGGUGUGCGAAUCCUUGAGCAAGAGCCCUCCAGCAGGCUACAAGGUUUUCGCCGAAGAAUCGCUGCAAAUCACCACUUUCCAGGUAGACGCAGGCUGCGACGAGGGCUACACCGGUGUUGCCAAGGCCGCCGUUUGCCAGAACCAUGCGAUGCCAUACAGCUUCUCCGGCUGCCAGAAGAUCAUGUGCACCUCUCCAAAGCUUCCAGAUGGACAUCGGGUGGUCGAAAAUGUGAAGACCCAGCUGGACUUCCAGGUGGAUGCCUCUUGCAAGGACAAGUACAUGGGCACUCCCAAGACCGCGGCCUGCACAGAGGAUGGCAAGCCAUACGCCGUGUCUGGCUGCGAGCCAGAAGUCUGCAAUGCACCAAAAACUGACGUUGGCUAUGCAGUCGUGGAAGGCUCGCUCGAGCGGCCGAGCUUCCAGGUCACAGCCACAUGUGCUGCCGGCUUCUAUGGCACUCCUGUCGUGACACCCUGCAUGGCGCACCAUGAGAGCUACAAGCUUUCCGGCUGCCGUCCAGAGCCCUGCAUCUCGCCAGACGCCUCGGAUGUGGCGGCCUACAAGAUCACUGAGGUCAGCCUCGACGUCCCAACCUUCAACGUCACAGCCAAGUGCUCCGAUGACGCGCAAGGGACGGCCAGCACGCAUGUCUGUACGUCGAAGUACACGAAGUACUCUGUACAGGGCUGCUCCAUCCCAAUCUGCACACAGCCAUCUGCUCCGCAGCUUGUGGGCUACACCGUUAAGGAGACGUCACUGAAAAUGCUGAAGUUGGAUGUCAAGGUGUCAUGUGCUGAGAACUAUACAGGCGUGGCUUCGGUAACGACUUGCCAGGGUCACGGCAAGGCAUAUUCCGUUGAAGGCUGUGUGCCUUUCAAGUGCACGUCAGCAGCCCGAACAAGUGAAGAUGGUUUGGUGGUGUUUGAGAAGUCGCUGCAGAAGAUGGACUUUGAGGUCCAUGCGGAAUGCGAUGCCGGUUUCUCAGGCGUACCAUCAAUCAAGAUGUGCGAGGCGCACAAUACCUCUUACACGAUCGGUGGGUGCUCCAAGCAGUUCUGCGUCUCCCCCGUUGGGGAUGCUGCUGCAGGCUACGUCCUGACGGAGAGCAACCUGCAUCGGGCACCAAACAUGUUCAGCGUCACUGCUCAGUGCGCCGCGGGCUACUACGGCACUCCCAAGGUGACGGUUUGCAAGGGCCAGGACCUGCCAUAUGCUGUCGAGGGGUGCAAGCCGGUGGAGUGCAAGUCGCCCCGAAACCUCACCAGCAACGGCUACGUCGUGUUCGAGAACUCGAAGCAGCUUCCGGAUUUCCAGGUGAAGGCCGAGUGCCUCGACAAGUUCCUCGGCACUCCGAAGGUCACACCCUGCACGUCUCAUGAGGAGGUCUACAAUCUCACGGGUUGUGAGCCCGAGAAGUGCGUGAUGCCCAGCAAGGAAGAGCUGCGUGCUUAUGACUUGGACGUGAAGUCACUCGAGCGUCCAUUCUUCAGUGUGUUGCCCCGGUGCUACUACCGUCCUUCUGGCGAAGAAGCGAUCUUGGGGAAGGUGACGGAAUGCAAAAAUCAUUUGGAGCCCUUCAAACUGGAGGGCUGUUCCUUGCAGUGCAACUCUACAACCUUGGGUGCAGAGCAGGGCUACAUUGUGCGUGAGAAAAACCUUUUGAUGCCGGACUUCGAUGUGGAGGUGUCCUGUGCGACAAACUACAUGGGGACACCGACGGUCGCCCCCUGUGCCGAGCCCUUGACGCCGUACACCGUGAAGGGUUGCAAGCCCAUGAAGUGCACGGCACCCACGCUCGAGGCAAAGAAGGACUACGUGGUGAAAGAGACGUCCCUGGAGAAGCCGUCGUUUGGCGUGUCCGCAACAUGUCUGAAGGGCGGCAUGCCCGGCGAGGCCAUCCCGUGCAUCUUCGAUGGGGAGCCCUACACGCUGAAGGGCUGUGACGAGGCCUCCUGUGAGUCUCCCCACCGCACGCAGGAGACCGGCUACACCGUGUGGGAGGAAGACCGGCACUUCCGCUCCUUCAAGGUGACCGCGGCCUGCUCCGAAGGUUACAAGGGCAAUGCAAAGGUGAGUCGCUGCAGCGAGGCCGGAGAGGCUUUCACCUUGGCCGGGUGCGAGCCCAAGGUCUGCACCGCUCCGGUCGGAGACCACACGGAGGACUAUGACCUUACGCAACAUUCGGUGGAGAUCCCCACCUUCAAUGUCGGCGUGAGGUGCAAGUAUGGGGGAACGGGCACAGCAACCGUGUGCCCCGGGGAUGGUCGCCCCUACACUCUCAAGGGGUGCAAUCCGCCUGUGUGCACGGCACCGCGGGAGGAAGAGGCUGGCUACGUCGUGGUGGAGAAGUCCAAGCUCAUGCGGGACUUUGAGGUGUCAGUGAGGUGUGCAGAUGGAUAUUUUGGCACGCCUGUGGCAACUGAGUGCAUCGAACACGACAAGCCCUACGGCCUUGCCGGGUGCAGUCCAAUGAAGUGCACGACUCCGGAUGGUGAUGCUUUGAUCAACUACGAACUCACAGAAAGCUCGCUCGAGCUGCCCAGUUUCAGUGUCACCACCAGGUGCGCCGAUUCCGGCACCUCUGCGCAAUCUAUCCCUUGCAAGAAGGACGGGCAGCCCUACACGCUGGAGGGGUGCAAGCAACACUGCACCAAGCCAAACAUUACCAAGGAAUUCAAAGUGACAGACAAGGACCUGUUUGUGACAUCCUUCGAUGUCAAGGUCGAAUGUGCUUUCGGCUACAUGGGCUCGCCCGUGGCCAGCCAGUGCGCUUUGGCCGGUGAGCCCUACUCCGUGUCCGGCUGCGUGCCCGAGAAGUGCACCAUGCCCUCGAAGGAGGACAGUCACAGGUACACGAUUACGGUGAAUUCGUUGGAGCGGCCUUUCUUCGAUGUGCAGGUGAAGUGCAGGGGUGCCGAAGCCAGCCCACCAAAGGCAAUCAACUGUGCGGGAGAUGGUCAGCCAUUCCUUCUCGAAGGUUGCAGGGCACUGCGUUGCACGUCUCCGCGGGGAGGGCUCGGUGACGGUUAUGUUGUGUACGAGGGAUCGCUUUUCUCCAACGCCUUCGAUGUGCAAGCCUCCUGUGCUGAGGGCUAUACCGGUUCCGCCAAGGUCUCCGUAUGCACGACUGGCGGAGGGCCCUACAGCUUGUCUGGCUGCAAGCCGAAGACAUGCACGGCGCCGGCUUAUGUUCACUCGAAGCAUCUUCAAUAUGAGGUGACGGAGCGGUCCUUGGAAAUGCCCAGCUUCAGUGUCACAGUCCGCUGCAAGGGCGCGCAGAGCUCCACGCCGAAGGCCGUUCCUUGUCAGGAGGAUGGCAAGCCCUACGUUCUCGAGGGCUGCAAGCCGCUGGAGUGCUUCAGCCCAAAAGCCAAGGGAUACGUUGUGCAUGAGGGAUCUCGCCUCACAAACAACUUCGAUGUGACCGCACAGUGUGCUACUGGAUACAAAGGUCACGCCAAGGUCACAAUGUGCGGGGAGCAUGAGACUCCAUACGAAAUAUCCGGAUGUGAGCCCAAGAAGUGCGUGGAGCCACGCGAAGUAGAGAUGACUUCUUACGACCUCACUGUGCACUCUCUGGAGGUCCCCAGCUUCAACAUCUCUGCCAAGUGCAAGACCAAGGCGAAGCGCGGCAUGAAGCCCCACGCCAUCCCAUGCACUGAGGAUGGUGAUGAGUUCCUCCUGGAUGGAUGCGUUCCUGGUCAAUGUUCUUCUCCCAGCACGGCAUCGGCUGGAGGCUACGUCGUGUACGAAGCCUCCAUGACAGUGAAUUCCUUCAAUGUGACGGCGUCCUGUGCCAGCGGAUACAAAGGUAAGGCAUCGGUGUCUGUGUGCAAAGAUGUCGAUGAACCAUACUCGCUGGGUGGCUGUGAGCCAGAGAAGUGCACGGAGCCUAGUGCUCGGGAUACCGAGGGCUACGAGCUCACACCCUUCUCCCUGAUGCGUCCGAGCUUCAGCGUCUCUGUUAAAUGCACGAGCGGCAUUGGCCAUGGCAAGGCCAAGGAAUGUACAAAAGAUGGUGAGCCCUACACCGUGGAGGGCUGCUACAUCGGGGAGUGCACAUCCCCGAGGAAGGAUCUGGAGGAAGGUUACGUGGUGUAUGAAAAGUCGAAGAGCCGCCACGACUUCCACGUUACAGCCCAGUGCGCAACUGGCUACAAGGGCACCCCGAAAGUCAGAGAAUGCGCCAAAGCCGACGAGCCCUACACAUUGAGUGGCUGUACCCCUGAGACAUGUGUGGAGCCGAGCCUGAGCGAACAGGCCAACUACGACAUUACCAUUUUCUCCCUGCAGAAGCCAAGCUUCAGUGUGACGGCACGCUGCAAGCAUGGCUUCCGCAACGCCACGGCCAAGGAGUGCACCGUCGAUGGCGGGCCUUUCGCGCUGGAGGGAUGCAAGGAUGCUUGUGCGUCCCCCAAGAAGGCGGUCGACGACGGCUAUACGGUGGUCGAAAAGAAGCUGGUGAUGGACGAGUUCACUGUCGAUGCCAUGUGCAUGGAGGACUACAUGGGCACUCCAAAGGUCACCAAGUGCCCAGCAGCCAACCAGCCCUAUGUCCUGAGCGGCUGUACGCCCAAGCAGUGCGUGCUUCCGAGCGAAGAAGAUCGUGCUGCCUACAAACUGACCAUAUACUCUCAGGAGGCGCGAUCUUUCAGCAUCACCGCAACAUGCAAGAAUGGCGUGGGCACAGGCAAGGCCACAAAAUGCACUGAAGAUGGAAAACCCUUCACCUUGGAGGGUUGUCCUUCCCUGUGCACCUCUCCCAAGAAGACUGCCGAGGAGGGUUACGUCGUGUUUGAGAGGUCCAUGCUGAUGAAGGACUUCAACGUAGGUGCAAUGUGCGCCGACGGCUACAAGGGCAACGCCACUGUAACCAAGUGUACGUCAGUGAAUCAGCCGUACAGCGUGAGCGGCUGCCUGCCUGAGAAGUGCACAGAGCCAAGUCCGGCAGAGAAGGCCAACUACAACAUCAUCACCUAUUCGCUGGAGCGGCCGUCGUUCAGUGUCACAGCCAGAUGUAAGAGUGGGAAAGGCACUGGCAAGGCUAUACCGUGCACUGAUGACAAGCAGCCGUACAAACUGGAGGGAUGCAGUGCCAUCAGUGGUUAG